AUGUUCGCAGUACCAGGGUGGUCCGUCUCGUCUUCUGAGCUAAAGCUCCAGAAAGAGACGCCCACAGCAAAAGAUGUGUCUACACCCAAGACCCAAGAAAUUGGAGGCUCAUAUAAGAAGCGGAAGAGAGAGCGUGGAGCGGAUACUGAUGGCGGAAAGGUCACAAAAUCAAACGUGAAUGAGAUGUGGAAAAGAUACAUUGAAGGGGAGGCGCCAAAACAGAAGAAAGCACGACCAGAAAAGGUAGAAGCUCAACGUGAGCGGGCAGACGGGAAGGAAUCGAAUGCGAAGGGAAAUACCGAAUCACAUAAGCCAGCACCAAAGGCCAAUAAAAAGGCUAAAAAGGGAAAGGCAGAGAAGCUCUCCAAGAAAGAUCAAACGACUGGCAGCAAUAUGACACCUCUAGGAGCUCGUGAGCCUGUGGUGACGGCCGACAAUACUACUCCGUCCCUCCCACCUCCACCUCCAGCGAAUUCAAAUUUAACACCACUUCAGCAAUCAAUGCGACAAAAGCUAUUGUCUGCUAGAUUUCGUCAUCUCAAUGAGACGUUAUACACAACUCCUUCUACGGAGGCAAUGGAGUUGUUUACAAGCAACCCUGAAAUGUUCGCAGAGUACCAUGCUGGCUUCUCGCGCCAGGUUAAAGAAUCAUGGCCAUCCAAUCCAGUUGAUGGAUACAUUGAAUCCGUUCAAACUCGAGGAGCCGUCCGACCUCAACAUAGGGGACAGGGAAAGAAGCCAGCCCCGAGCAGCUCAAGCCUCCAACCACUUCCAAGAAGACUUCAGGGACUUUGCACCAUCGCCGAUAUGGGGUGCGGUGAUGCACAAUUCGCCCGCGCUCUUGCUGCCUCGAAGAAGCAAUUGAAACUUAAGAUACAUAGUUUUGAUCUACACGCCCCAGACUCCGUGAUUACUAAGGCUGAUAUUGCCAAUUUACCGCUUGAAGACGGGAAAGUAGACAUUACCAUCUUUUGUCUCAGCCUUAUGGGGACUAACUGGGUCUCGUUCGUCGAGGAGGCGUGGCGUGUACUCAGAAGUGACGGUAAAGGCGAAUGCUGGGUCAGUGAGGUCAAAAGUCGGUUUGGGAAAGCAACUAAACAUAAAUCCGCAAGAGGUUCAAUUGGUCAAGUCAAGAAAGACAAAGGGAAGAAGAAGAAAGGCGAAGAUGGAGAGGAAGAUAUUGGGGAGGAGAUAUUCGCUGAAGAUCAACAUAAAGGAAUGGAUGAUGAUCAAACGGACAUCUCGGCUUUUGUGGAAGUCUUUUCUUCCCGUGGGUUCGUUUUGAAGCAGGAAACUGUUGAUAAGUCGAACAAGAUGUUUGUGAAGAUGGAAUUUAUGAAGCAUGGAGUGCCGAAGAAGGGGAAGUGGGCAAAUGCGAAUGGCCCGAUUGAACCGAAGAAGGCAUUUAAGAAAUGGGGUUCUGUACCCGAGGAUACGGGGCUAACUCCUGAACAAGAAAGCAAGGUGCUGAAGCCGUGUGUUUAUAAGCUGAGAUAG